GUCACCGACCUACCACGAAUCAGCUAUACGGUCGUGGUCUGUGGACGAGAUUGGGACUUUAGAGCAACGCGAGUUUGGAAGAAGGUGAUACUGUUGGACAAAGUUAAUUGUUUCUAUUAAUUUACCUUUAGCCUUUUAUAAUGGCUGAGACGAAGAAUCCCGAUGAUUUGGCUACAGCAAUCCUGCGCAAGAAGGACAAGCCCAAUAGGCUCCUGGUGGAGGAGGCAGUUAACGAUGACAACUCAGUCGUCGCCUUGUCUCAGGCCAAAAUGGAUCAGCUCCAGCUGUUUAGGGGUGAUACAGUCCUUCUGAAGGGGAAGCGGAGGAAGGAGACAGUUUGCAUUGUUCUGUCCGACGACACAUGCGCUGAUGAGAAGAUACGGAUGAACCGUGUUGUGCGCAACAACCUCCGUGUGCGGUUGUCGGAUGUCGUGUCAGUACAGCCCUGUCCUGAUGUUAAGUAUGGCAAACGCAUCCAUGUGCUUCCCAUAGACGACACGGUCGAAGGACUCACAGGAAACCUGUUUGAAGUGUACCUGAAGCCUUAUUUCCUGGAAGCGUACCGACCGAUACACAAAGGUGAUGCAUUCAUAGUGCGUGGUGGCAUGCGGGCUGUAGAGUUCAAAGUGGUGGAGACUGAUCCAUCACCAUACUGCAUUGUGGCUCCAGACACGGUUAUCCACUGCGAGGGAGAUCCCAUCAAACGAGAGGAAGAGGAGGAAGCGUUAAACGCAGUUGGUUACGACGACAUCGGUGGCUGCCGCAAGCAGCUGGCUCAGAUCAAAGAAAUGGUGGAACUACCGCUGCGUCACCCCAGUCUCUUCAAGGCCAUCGGAGUGAAGCCACCACGAGGUAUUCUGUUGUAUGGACCACCUGGAACAGGAAAGACACUCAUUGCACGUGCUGUUGCUAACGAGACUGGCGCCUUCUUUUUCCUCAUAAACGGACCUGAAAUCAUGAGCAAAUUGGCAGGAGAAUCGGAGAGCAACCUUCGUAAAGCUUUUGAGGAAGCAGACAAAAAUGCACCUGCCAUUAUCUUUAUUGAUGAAUUAGAUGCUAUAGCACCAAAGAGAGAAAAGACACACGGAGAGGUGGAACGCCGUAUUGUCUCCCAGCUGCUCACACUGAUGGACGGAUUAAAGCAGAGCUCACAUGUGAUUGUGAUGGCGGCGACAAAUCGACCCAACUCCAUCGAUGGCGCACUACGGCGGUUUGGCCGGUUCGAUCGGGAGAUUGACAUCGGCAUACCAGAUGCUACCGGCAGACUUGAGGUGCUCCGUAUCCACACCAAGAACAUGAAGCUGGCCGAUGAUGUUGACUUGGAACAAAUUGCCGCAGAGUCUCAUGGUCAUGUGGGUGCUGACUUAGCUUCCUUGUGUUCUGAAGCAGCUCUCCAACAGAUUCGUGAAAAGAUGGAUCUCAUAGACUUAGAAGAUGAUCAGAUUGAUGCAGAAGUACUGAACUCUCUAGCUGUUACCAUGGAUGAUUUCAGGUAUGCAAUGAGCAAGAGCAGCCCGAGUGCACUUCGUGAGACCGUUGUGGAAGUGCCCAAUGUCACGUGGGAUGACAUUGGUGGACUACAAAACGUCAAGCAAGAACUGCAGGAGCUGGUGCAAUACCCUGUGGAACAUCCUGACAAGUUCCUCAAGUUCGGUAUGCAGCCAUCUCGUGGUGUACUCUUCUAUGGGCCUCCUGGAUGUGGUAAAACUAUGCUUGCCAAGGCCAUCGCUAACGAGUGCCAAGCCAACUUCAUCUCUAUUAAGGGUCCUGAGCUGCUCACAAUGUGGUUUGGAGAGUCAGAAGCCAACGUCAGAGACAUCUUUGAUAAGGCCAGAGCAGCAGCUCCUUGUGUACUAUUUUUUGAUGAGCUGGACUCGAUCGCAAAAUCAAGAGGAGGCAACGUAGGUGAUGCCGGUGGCGCUGCCGACAGAGUAAUCAACCAGAUACUGACUGAGAUGGACGGAAUGGGGGCCAAGAAAAAUGUCUUCAUCAUUGGAGCAACUAACAGACCAGAUAUCAUUGAUCCAGCAAUCCUGCGUCCUGGUAGAUUAGACCAGCUUAUAUACAUUCCUUUGCCAGAUGAGAAAUCCAGAGAAUCUAUAUUUAAGGCUGAUUUACGCAAAUCUCCUGUAGCCAAGGAUGUAGAUCUAGCAUACAUAGCAAAGGUAACACAUGGGUUCUCGGGCGCUGAUAUCACAGAAAUCUGUCAGAGAGCUUGUAAAUUGGCAAUCCGGCAGUGCAUAGAAAGUGAAUUGAGACGGGAACGAGAGAGAGCCAACAACCAGGUUGCUAUGGAUAUGGACGAAGAGGACCCUGUGCCCGAGAUAACUCGAGCUCACUUUGAGGAAGCAAUGAGGUUUGCACGCCGUUCCGUCACUGAUAAUGAUAUCCGAAAGUACGAGAUGUUUGCUCAGACACUCCAGCAGUCCCGAGGAUUUGGCACCAACUUCCGGUUCCCCUCGGGAGCAACACAAGGUGCCAGUGGUACCACGGGCGCUGACCAGUCCACGUUCCAAGACGAAGGGGACGAAGACCUAUAUGGGUAAACUUAGCCCUCGGUUGUCCACUCACAUGCUGGAUGAAUCAAUUCCUUGCCCACCAGGGCACAUUUACUUAUUUGAGGUUUAUACUAAACAAAAGUUAUUUUAAUUUACUUUUCAUGUAUCACUAAACUUGUUUUGUAUAAAAAUUGUAUACAUUGUGAUACAUUCUCUGUUUUAUUGGUUAAAAUAAUAUUAUGUUAUUAAAAUCGUCAUAUGCUUUGGUUAAGCUUUGAUUAAUUAAUUUAUGAAGUCUCUGUUAUGAAAUGAUGGAGUGUCAUUGAAGUAAAUAAACCAAACGCACGUUUCAACUGAAUAAAUUUUCAUAAAAUUGGAA